AUGAAGUCUGGUGUUCAAGAAAAGGUUAAGGAGCAGCUUAUUCAAAACCCAUAUGUAGUUGAACAUUCGAAGCAGAAGGAAAAUAUGAAUGUUGAUCCUGUUUCGACUACACAAAAUCUGCAUGGUAAUGCAUCUACGUCCACUGUUUCAUAUGCUAAUGUAGUGAAAUCGGAUGCUAAUUUGAAGAAGGCUAAUUUUCUACUGUUAAUGGGUGAGAGUGAUGUGGACGGUGUGGAUCUUUUGAUUCCGCUAAAAUCUGUAUUGGAGGUUAAUAGUCGUUUCUCGAAUUCAUUAUAUGGUUAUUUUCUUGGCGAUAGAUUAGCUUAUCCGGUGGUGGAAAAUUAUGUAAAGAAUGCUUGGGCGAAGUUUGGGUUGAGGAAGGGAUGGAGCCUUUUGGAGAGAGGACCAUGGAUGAUUCGGUCUAAUCCUAUUUUCUUGAAAGAAUGGACGCCGAAUGUGAGUCUUGCAAAGCAGGAUCUUACUAAUGUCCCGGUUUGGGUGAAGAUGUACGAUGUGCCUCUUGCUGCUUACACGGAAGAUGGGUUAUGUAUGUUGGCUUCUAAAUUAGGUAAGCCUAUCCUUCUUCAUUCAUAUUCUAGUCAAAUGUGUUUGAAUUCUUGGGGUAGGCAUUCCUAUGCUAGAGCUUUGAUUGAACUAGAUGCUUCACAUCAGUUGAAGAAUGAAUUGGUAGUGGGGAUUCCUAAUCUGAUUGGGGAGGGGUUUACGAAGGAAACUGUUAGUAUUGAGCAUGAAUGGCAACCACCUCAUUGUGAGCACUGUAAGGUUUUUGGUCAUGCUAAUGCUACUUGUCCUGUUCAGGUUAACAAAGUUAAACAAGUUGUUCCUCGGGCUGUUGUGGAGGAUGAGUUCGUUAAUGUUAAUAGGAAAAAAGGGAACGGGAAAUCAAGACAGGUGGAGGGUUUGAAGCUUAAUAAGCCUAAACCACAGCUUGUUUAUAGACAAAAACAAUCGAAUGAAGCUAAGCAGCAGGAUAAAGGUAAGAAACAGGAUUCACGUAAUGGUGGUUCUAAUGGUAGAAAGGAAUCUGGGGCUAGUGCGAAUACUUCUGGUGUCCAUACGAGUAACCCAUUUGAUGCUUUGAGUGGCAAAUUAGAAGAUGACGUGGGGGAUGGUGGGUUUGAUCCAUCCAAAUUACAGAAUUUGGACCCGAAUAAGGGGUUUGAUGUUGAUAGCGAUGACAAUGAGGUGAUUUAUGAUGAAAAGGUUUUGGAGUCUCAUGUUCGUUCUGAUAAACUUCAAGCUUUAUGUGCUAAAGUUUUUUGGAAAUGGAGGUGGACUUCUAAUGGUAAUUGCUGUGUGAAAGGCCCACGUAUUCUUUUGGAGUGGAAUCCAGAGCUUGUGGAUGUUAUGGUUGUAAAUCAGACAGAUCAGGUUGUUCAUUCUCAAGUCAUUAUUAAAGCUACUCAGAAAGUGGUUAUGUGUUCGUUUAUCUAUGCUCACAAUCAUUAUGUUCAGCGACGUUCUCUUUGGGAGGAUCUCAUAAAGCACAAAUCAUUUGUAAAUAAUUGUCUUUGGGUUCUGCUUGGUGAUUUUAAUGCAGCGCUUAAUAUUGAGGAUAAAUCUUCUGGUUCGUCUACAAUGGAUAUAGCAAUGCGAGAUUUUAAGGCCUGUGUGGAAGCAUUGGGUGUUCAAGAUGUGAAUAUGGCUGGAUUGCAAUACACUUGGACUCAAAAACCUAAGGGUAUUAGCGGUUUGUUGAAAAAGAUUGACCAAGUUCUAGCUAAUUUGGAUUUUUUUGAUCAAUUUAUUGGGGCGACAACUGUCUUUCAACCUUAUAGGAUUUCGGAUCAUGCUCUUGCAGUGUUGCGCAUUCCUUUGAAAGUUAAGUUUAAACCUAAGCCGUUUAAAUUUUCUAAUCUUUUAGUGCAUAAUCCAAAAUUCAAAGAUGUUGUUGCUGAAUCAUGGAAUAUGGAGGUUAAUGGGCAUGCUAUGUAUCGUCUUGUUAAAAAGUUAAAAGCUAAAAAGAAGCCUCUUCGAAACUUGUUAUUGGCUUAUGGUAAUCUUCACCAAAGGGCUUUUAAUGAUGCUAUUCUUGAUGGGGAACGGUUUCUCAAACAGAAAGCUAAGGUGGAAUGGCUUCGUGUUGGUGAUUCUAAUUCAGCAUAUUUCCACAAAGUUGUUAAAUCUCGUACUGCUUGUAACAGGAUUGAUUCUAUUCGGGAUUCUGAUGGUUCUCAGGUGGAUGAUGAAUUGGUAGCUAAAGUGUUUGAAGCACAUUAUACUAUUUUUUUGGUACAACCUGGCUUGGUGUCGGAACUUGAUCAAAUUGGGUUGUUUUCUAAUCGUUUGUCUUAUGAUAAAGCUUUAGCUAUGAUUGUUGAUAUUUCUGAUGCUGAGAUUAAGGAUGCCAUUUUUUCAAUGGGUAACGAUAAGUCACCUGGCCCGGAUGGAUAUUCGACAGCUUUCUUUAAAGGAGUAUGGGACAUUGUUGGUUUGGAGGUAAUUAAUGUUGUAAGAUAUUUCUUUGUUUCUGGCAAGCUUCUUAAGGAAGUGAAUCACACUGCCAUCUCUCUUAUUCCUAAAGUCUCAACUCCUCUGCGGAUUCUUGCAAAUAGGAUUAAAGGGUGUCUUGAUGAGAUUGUCAGUGUUAACCAGUCUGCUUUUGUUCUGGGGAGAAGAAUUACUGAUAAUAUUCUUUUGACUCAUGAAUUAAUGCAUAACUAUCAUUUGGAUAGAGGUCCUCCCCGUGUAGCUCUUAAAGUUGAUAUUCAAAGGCCUAUGAUACAGUGGAUUGGGGUUUUCUUAGGUGUAUUCUGA